AUGCUGUCCGGCGUGCUCAUCUUCAACCAGAAGGGCGAAAACCUCAUUUAUCGCGCCUUUCGCAAUGACUGCCGGCCCCGUCUGGCAGACGUAUUCCGCAUCCAGGUCAUUUCCAACGCGCAGGUUCGCUCACCCAUUCUAACACUGGGAUCGACGACAUUCAGCCAUGUUAAACAUGAGAAUAUAUACCUGGUUGCGGUGACGAGGAGCAAUGCGAAUGCGGCGCUGGUGUUUGAGUUUCUGUAUCGGCUAGUGUUGUUGGGGAGGGGAUAUUUUGGGAAGUUUGAUGAGGAGGCCGUGAAGAAUAAUUUUGUGCUUGUUUAUGAGCUGUUAGACGAAAUACUUGACUUUGGAUACCCUCAGAACACCGAAACGGAUACUCUUAAAAUGUACAUCACGACGGAAGGUGUCAAAUCAUCCAUUGCAAACUCGCCCUCAGAUUCUAGUAAAAUUACAAUGCAGGCUACGGGUGCCCUCUCGUGGCGGCGAUCAGAUAUCAAAUACAGGAAGAACGAGGCAUUUGUCGAUGUUAUUGAGGAUGUCAACUUGCUCAUGUCGGCUACCGGAACAGUCCUACGUGCCGACGUGAAUGGCCAGAUAGUUAUGCGAGCGUAUCUCUCGGGUAUGCCUGAGUGUAAAUUUGGCUUGAAUGACAGGCUGCUCUUGGAUAACAAUGACGCCGCCGGACGAUCGGAUGGAAGAACGAGAGCCACACGGGCAGCAGCAGGUAGUGUUACUCUGGAGGACUGCCAGUUCCACCAGUGCGUGAAGCUUGGGCGUUUCGACGCUGAUCGCAUUAUUUCCUUCGUUCCCCCAGACGGAGAAUUUGAACUUAUGCGCUACCGGGCAACGGAAAACGUCAAUCUGCCAUUCAAAAUCCAUCCGAUCGUGCGUGAGAUCGGCACUACAAAGGUCGAAUACAGCAUUGCCAUAAAGGCCAACUAUGGCUCGAAGCUAUUCGCGACUAACGUCAUCGUUCGCAUUCCCACUCCUCUGAACACGGCCAAGAUCACGGAACGGACCAGUCAGGGACGCGCGAAGUAUGAGCCGGAGCAAAAUAAUAUCGUCUGGAAGAUCGCGCGAUUUUCAGGCCAGAGUGAGUACGUGCUCACCGCGGAGGCGAUGCUGACAAGCAUGACGCAGCAGAAGGCAUGGAGUCGGCCGCCGCUGAGUCUUGAGUUUAGUCUGCUUAUGUUCACGAGCAGCGGGCUGCUGGUGAGGUAUCUCAAAGUCUUCGAAAAAAAUAAUUACAGUAGUGUUAAAUGGGUUAGGUACAUGACCAGGGCAGGGAGUUAUGAGAUCCGAUUUUAAAAUGAGUCUUCUACCUGUUCCAGUCUACCAACUGAUGUUGGAUAUGUUCGUACUCUUCCCUCCAUGUGUUGCAUCCCGCAUUGUGCAUACAACCAUACGCAUACCAUAUAUGUGUAUAUAUAUAUACUUUGAAAUCAUUUGUGCUCUGUUUCACCGUGUUCAGAGUGCUCCCUGACCGUUAUUUUUGUUACAACCGUUUUGAUGCCAGGCGUUGUUAGGAGCGUAUUGCCAUAUCUUCUUUCUUGUGACUGCCUUCUCUUCUACUUUCCUGAUGCCAUUUUUCUGGGUUAAUUAGAGCAUGCUGUACAAUUGCGAUUCCAUAUUAAUUACUCCGCCGCCAUGGUUCCAAUAUUUUAAAUAUCAAUGAGCAUUUUCACCC